ACUGGGUAGGAGUAAUAAUGUCGAUUUUCUUUGAUUUCCACGUGGAACCUGGUUGUAGAAAGUUCAGAAGGGCCAUAGAUUUGGAUAAACAUGAGAUUGAUUUGUUCAUGGAUAAGGUGCACACCAAAACUAUAUUCGGAGAGGUGGAUAUUGGCGCACUCAUCGAGUUGGCAACUCUUGCUAUAUGCGUAAUAAACGACCAGAUGAAAGUGAUUGGGUUCAUGGCGCUCCACGACCACCCCAACGUGCCGGGCGUGCCGGCCGCCGACUGGGAAUACUGGCUGAAGAACAUGUUUCAGCGUAACUUGCUUCCCCACAACACUUUAUUCGUCCACAUGAUGUGUUGCGCCGAAUCCGCCAACGACUUGUUUCUGGACGAAGCUUUCGCGUCUGUAUUCAGCAAUGACGAAUACCUGCAGCAUAUUGUGCUUAUCCCACCACCGACUUGCACGUUUGACAUGUUUUCGAGGUACAAACCGUUCCGCAAGCAUGUAGUAAAGAGGAUCCCCGCGAAGCGAGAGGACGAUGAUGCGGGACUUUACAUGUACUUGGCGCAUCGCGAUGACUUCUAUCCGGAUCUCACAGUUCGUGCUGCUGUUGAAGAAGAUAACGACGACGUAGUGGAGAUCCUGGACAAACUGCAUCCAAGCAUGAAGAAGCUAUACGGGGACUUCUACGUGAGCGAGAUCAUCGGCCGACACCCGGAGAGCCCGAGGAAAAUCGUAGUUGCACAGCAAGAUGACGAGGCUGUCGGAGUGAUGUGUCUCAACGCACAAAUCGACUACCAAAGUCUUUCAAAAACGUAUGAUCUUACUCCAUACUUCGGCCUGAGAAAGGCCACAGGGCAAGAGAAAGAAGAGCUGUGGAAAGCAAAUUCUUCGUUUUUCGCAUUCGGAGAACCUAUAUUGCUUGGAAAACGUAAUCCUUUCGACAGUGUUGCUGACUUGAUUGACAUAAACGAGGUCCCACGCAGAACAUCAAAAGCCGGGGCACGAAAAACUUCAAGCCAUGUUUUCUUCAAGAAGAACGCAGCCAUGAGGCGCAGCAUGGAUCAGUUGUUCUUCAACAAACAUUCUGAUGAUUACAGCGACAAGGUGUACAUUCCGUCUCGAUCACCUUCUAUGGCCACGAACAUGUCUCUCCGCCCCAGCGUGAUACUGGAAGAAGAUCCAUUCGACUACGACAUAGUCAACAUUGACUCCAGCCUGCUGGCAGUACCAGAAGUCCCGAAUCCGCUGCGCAAGUAUUCGUCUUCUCUGUGGCUGGAAGAACAGGACUCUAAUGCGCAAAUUAAACGAUACAGAACAAAAAAACCAUCGACAUUAAUCAGCUCCAAAAGGCUUAAAAAACAAAGAAAAUUGUUGUUAAAGGCCAUGCAGGCCAAUAAUGCCGAAAUGGAAGAUUCGGAGUAUCGCGGAGAGCCCAAUGCGUUUAGCAUUGAGCUGUAUGCUUUGCGAGAAGAUAUUGAUGAAAGAAAAGGCUACGAUUUGCUGCAAGCAGCGUUUGAAUUGAUGAAAGACUACGACUACUGCUUGCUUCGGAUGCCUUGUACCAGUUCGUCUAUGUUUUUGCUGAGACAUUUUUGUUUUGUGCCCUGUAAAGAUAAACUUUGCAGUGAUUAUGCACUGUAUAUCGCCCACAGGAGCUCUGUAUUGGGUAAAUUGACCGUCCGUAAAGCGGAGAUGGUAGAUGUUCCGCAGAUAUCAAGGUUGAUGCAAAGUCUGGACGGAAAGGAGGCCAUGUGGAUGGUCGAGAAUAGCAUCAUGGGCAAGCAGCAGCAUGAGGCGUAUGUCUUUGUUUGUGGACUUGAUCUUGUGGGCUUCGGAAUAUUGGAGCCUCCAGAACAAAUCAACUUCUUACAAGUGCGCUACGACAUGGAUGCCUUUCGUAUUCCGAAAUACCAUUACUCGGGCCAGGGAGUGCAUGUCGGUUUCGCCAACAUUAAAACUGCCUUGGUCUACCCAGUGUUCGAAGCACACUAUCGGUUUUUCUUUAGAGAAAUUAUGAGGCUAUCAGGGGCCGAUACGCUCAUUUGGUUUACUGGGUAUAGAAACAAAUGGGUAACCCACAAAGCUAACUCUAUGGCUUUAGCCAUGGCGCCGCUUAAACCAAGGCAAUGGGAUCCUGUUUUUAGUUUGGUUCCAGAGUUGAAGAAAAUAGGAAAAAUGGCCCAGAAAGUCAUGGCGUUUAGUUCGUGGUUUCUGAGCAAGAAGUUGACCAGUGUGACCCGCCUUAAUGUUGAUACAAGGAUCGUGGUUGCCGGAGCAUCGAGAACGGCUAUGGGAUUUCUAAGCAAACUUUUGUUCAGUGACACAUCAUCGUACCUGACAUUCACGAGCGUCACGCUCGUGUCGACCGACGGCUUGCCAUACGUACGCCACCCUGAUCGUUGUGCGGAAAUGAUGUUCCCGCACCACCGCACUACUACCCAGAAUUAUCUUCAGAGCACGCCCUACACUUACUACGUCAAUGUGGUGCAAGGAACUAUAGUGGAAAUUAACAAGAAGGAUAAAUACAUAACGAUAGCAAGCGGACAGCGAUAUUAUUACGACAAACUCUUCCUGAUGUUUGGUCACCAGUUUCAACACCCGGACUAUCUGAAAGCCGUUUUAGACAGAGAAAGGGAUAUACAACAGGGAAUGACCCCAUCCUACACGCGUCUUGACGUCCCGUCUCUUCGGGAACCACAGAUUGAGACUAGCUGCGACACACCCCCGAACGUGUUCAUCAUCAACACAAUCUCUGACGCUAACAGGGUGCUGCGACAGAUCCACAAUUUAACUUAUAUGACCAACAAAGAUAAGGUAAUAGUGUACGGAUCGUCUCUGGAAGUAUACUGCUGCCUUGCUGCGCUGAAAGAAAUGAAAAUUCCGAGCAAAAUCGUAUUUGUGGAACCAUUUCCGUCCGAAAACCCGCGGAAAACCAGAGUUCCCAUAUUUAAUAACGUUUAUGUUGACCAAACGAUCUCGGAAGUCCUCGAAGAGCUCGGCAUAAAAGUGCUGCGGUCGUACUACUUCCAGUUUUGGAAGACUGACGAUCGCAACGUGGUCACGCACGUGAGCUUUCUAUCGCACUUCCAAAUGGUUGAGCUGGAGUGUGCUGCGCUGUUUUAUUAUGGCACAAAAGGCAUCGAUGCUGAUGCCUUCCAAGCAAUCCGUAAAAGCAGCCUAGUGUACGACGAAGGUAUUCUAAUCGACCACGAGUGCCGCACCAACAACCACUCGAUCUACGCCGCCGGUCCGGCCACGCGGUACAGCGCGCGCUACUUCGCCGAGAUGAGGAACCAUCAGUAUUACGAUUCUUUUGAAGUCGGGGAAAAGCUUGGAAUACAAAUCCGAAACCAGCUAGAUCCGUUGUUCUCAGAAAACAAACCUAAUUAUAGAAAGUCGAUGCAGACCUCUGUGAAGAGCGUUAGUUUUGAUUCUACUAUUUACCCCAGUACGGCAAGAUCAUUCGCUGAAAAUGCUGGGGAGUCGUUCUACAGUAAUAAAUCGAAUUUGAAGCGUGAUUCAAAGCACCAAUCAGAUAAGGAGUUCGACAGCCUGCCAGUGUAUAGGAACGCUCACUCUAAGUACUGCAUUAUGCCAGGGGGAUUACAAUAUCUAGAGGUGCGGGCUCCGGGAAUGAAGAUACCACAUCCUUACGUACAGUCUUUGGACUUUAAUGGCUUCGUGAUGGAGACAUUUAAAAUGGGCUACUUCAAGUUGCACAUGACUCCAAACUUUGUCGUGGACGGCAUCACCUGUUUGACCCCUGCAAAAUACUCCAUCGCACACUUCAAAGGUCUUUUUGGAAAACCUGCGACAAUAUUGAACAAUAUUCAUAUAAAAUACACUACUAAGAAAGUGGACAAUUUAUAUGAUUUCUUCAUUUCACCGGGGAUCAUGUUUUUGUAUCACGACCAUAUUAACGAAUUGUUUGCAGUUGUCAAGGAAAUUUUACCUCUGAAUACGCCCAAUGGGGAAACUCUUAGCGAAGCAUUGACUGAAGCCAACGAUAAAUACAAGAAGACAUCGGCUAUCCGCUCAAAGUUCGAGAAGUCUCCCCACGUGGAAGCCAUCGCGGCGUACGUCCUUGAAUGGGUGUCUCAGAACGACCUGCUGCUGCCCAUGUACUACCAGCCCUGGCAGCUGCCCGACUUCCAACACGAUAUCGGCCACCAUCCUGCCUUCGACGAGUUUAAGAAGGAAAAGAAAGUUCACGACUUUAAAGAUCAAUAAAUGGUUAAAAAUAAAGUAAUGAGAAUAAAAA